GACGCGUCAUCACAACAAUAUUUUGUUGUUGGGAUAUAUAUAUAUCUUUCUUUUUCUCACAAAUAUAUAAUAGACUUCACUCCCUUUCAGCGGGUGCGACACUAAAGUAUACUAACUUUCUAGUAUCGAUGAUGGCGUUCGGCGACGGUAUCCAGAAAUCCUUUUUUUUUUUUUCCCCUUUUCUACUUUACAAAAACGUUCCUCUUCCUCUAUGUUCUCUCACAUUUUAAUGCUCCUCUCUCACUUAAAAGUCUUGUAACCGGAAAAGGGAGAACAAUUCUACCAAGCUCCUUCAGUCAAGGGAGAUAACUGCAGAUUGACCGUCGAAGUCUUCAGAAAAGAAGGUAAGUGGAAAAUAAUGACCUUUGACAUAUUAUUAAUUAAACAGCAAAGAAAGGGAUCAUUGCUGGAGUUAAUUUAGUGCAACUGAAUAUCGCUUUUGUUAAAAAGGGAUGAUCCAGUGACAGAAGUUCCAGUGGAAUGUCGGUAUAGAUAGGUCCAAUCAUUUGGUAGAUAGAUUCAGUUCGUACACUAGUAGAGACGAGAACAACAGAGUGCAGAUUAGGUAGAUGCAUCAUGUAGAUUAAAUACCGAAAUCUAAAUCGAAACACGUCCGCAACACAGAAGCAAAAUAAAUGAGAGUUCUUUCCAUCUUUCUUCACAAGUCAUUAAGCGGUGUCUAGACCUCGAGGAUGUUCCUUUACCCCCUGGAGCCGUUAGUAUGAAGCAGUGGAAAAGAUCCUGGGGAAAAGUAACAAAGCUGUAUCCCCUGGAAAUAGAUCUCAGGCUAUUCUUUUUAUUCGGCCCAUGCAGUCGAUAGUGCAGCCAUGGUGACAACAUUAACAAACUGACCUGUACUUUUAUGUCUAAGCUUCUGUGAACAGUGAGUGUGUAUGUGUGUUCGAUUGUGCGUCUAUACAGUUGUAACCGAGUGGUGGCGGUGUGACGUAAACUUCCUCCCGCACAUCAGAAUUAGGACUAGCGUCAGCAAAAUACUAGUCUUUGACAUCAUGACAACUAUGACGUCUGUCGUCUCGUCUGCUAAUGGCCGCAAUACUACCGACCCUUUACACAAAGUGGCGUUUAUAUCUUCUACCAAUGAUCUGCCCUCAUUUGCAAGAAGCCAAGGUGAUGAACGGCGCCCGCGGAAAGCGGUCCAUUGUGUUUGAGAUCUUCCACGAGAAUAAGUAGAGGUCGGGCAUUUCAACAGGUAUGGCGGAUGCUAGCAUAAAAUUGACUCAAAAAACUAUGUCGUUUUCGAAAAUACAUAAACGUUUUAAGUGUGUGCACUUCACACGACGUGUUCAUAUUAUAUUGUGCAUUUGGCGUGAUCGCCUGUUGCGUCCUGCUUGCUACCCUUGGACCGCGGCUUACAGCCUUUCGUGCAGGUCUACAGCGUGUUUGGAAUACUUCUUUUACACGAGCCACUCGUCCUCGUGUAGAAGAUCUGACGACAACCACUCAAUACCUGUCUGGCUUUAAGUCGCCCUACAUCAAAGAAGAACCUAUACACCACGCCGGUUACGAGUUUGCUGCUGUGGCCCAAGCGAUCCCCAAAUCUGGCGGCAAAGACACGAGUGAAGUCACGAAACUUGUGAUGAUGGUCGAUGUGCCCCCUUCUGAGAGGGUCGAGUAGGGAAUUCUUUGGCGCGUGUCCUGUGUCCGCCUGUGCGCUGUCCUUCGUCCGCUCCAACGACAACUUGACUGCCGACGCCGUAGUGUUCCACGACUUGCCGGAGAAACUGGCUGUUCCUCAACGGACCUCGCCCACACAGGUCUACGUCUUCAUGCACAUGGAGUCGCCUGUUCACGUCUCAGAUCGUUACAAAUCUACGCUUUGGAACGCAGCAUUCAACUGGACGUGGUCAUACAGAGUGGAUGCUGACAUUUUUUGUCCAGUCGCUUAUCUAAAGCGUGCUAGAGAGGUGCCAACGCGAGCCUUUCUGCUCAGUUUAAGGAGGAAUAAAACCAAGGCCGUAGCCUGGUUCUCCAGCCACUGUAAUGUUCAAAGUCGACGUGACGAGUACGUGGCCCGACUACGUCGGGUGAUCCCCGUCGACAUCUACGGACGGUGCGGAUCCUUGCAAUGCACAGGACCUACGUGUGAGCAGAUGCUGUCUACCGACUACAUGUUCUACCUGUCGUACGAAAACUCCUUUUGUCAGGACUACGUGACGGAGAAGUUUUUUCGGGUGUUUAAAGAGAAUGUGUACGUCGUUCCGGUUGUUCGUGGAGGCGCUGACUACGACAAGUACUUCAUGCGAGGUGUGUACGUCGACUCGGAGUGGUUUGAAAGUCCGGAAGACUUGGGGCGCCACCUGCUGGAGCUGAUGGAGGACGAAGAGACGUACGUGGACAUGCUGUGGCGCAGGGCGCAUUUCCUGUACCACGAGCACGGCAUAGUGGACGCCAAGUGCCAGUUGUGCCACCGACUCCACAACGUCCACAGGUUUGCCAAGACGUACCCAGACCUUUACGAGUGGAAUCACCACAACAGAUGUCGGCCACCGAGUCCCUUGAAACUUAAAAAAUCCAACAAACAAAAAAACUCAACAGCACUUGUCGGGAAAGUACAGAAAAUAAAAUAACCCCACUUAUUCUGACCAUAAAGAUAUAUUAUGGAAA